AUGAAUGCCGCAGUCUUCACCUUCCUGGGCGCGCCCGACUAUUCAUCUGUUCAAAGCUCGGUGUCGCAACUGCUCUCUGACAUGGGGGGAGCUUCUUCGCGUCCGCCACCCCCGCCCCGCGUCGCCGAAACGUUAAGCUCGACAACGGUAUGGGUUCGCCACCUUCCUCCAAUCAUUUCAGAGAACGCACGACAGGCCAUUCACUCCGCCAUUCAGUUGCGCAAUCUCUAUCUGGCUGGGGACGACGCAAGCUCAGGACCCCAGGCGGUGGCUUCGCUGGUGGAGCACUUGGACGGGUUGGUCGAUGAAGCUCGAGAAGCCGCCAACAUCCGCGAUUAUGUUUCUCUUGUGAUUGAGUCGACAAUACUCAGCUUAACGACUGAUCUGGGUCCGCCAUCGAAGAUACUGUUAGGUUUGGCACGCGCUGUAAACCCGUUUCUCAAUCACCCAGAUGCAGGGACUGAGCCAGGGCCGAGCUCCAAUGGAGACGAAGCUUUGCCUUUCCCGUUCAGACAGUCCGACCUGGCACUCAUUGACGACCCGGAGAAGGACCUCCUUGUCUUGUUGUACUACUGCGACCUUGUCAAUCUCAAGGCCUCUCCCGACGAGAUGGUGGCUCAGCUGACCAAGAUGGCGGACAAAUAUGGCAUAAUCAAGGACCUCGACCUCCGCAAGGAACUGCUCCCCGAGAUAGAGAUCUACAUUCACUGGGUAAUGAUGUACCUCACAUCGAACGUCUCAGCUUUCCCUCCUCCGACCGCUCUUUCCGCAAGUUUUACAACCAAGUUAGAAUUCGAAAAGAGCAUCCAGAUGAGUAGACUGUUGACCGUUUGUGAGAUGCUACUUAAUGAUUCAAGGAGCGAUCAAAUUUGCUUUCUACUCAUGUUUCUCAGGCGAUGCGCCAUGAAUCAACAAAAGACAUGGUGGCGGUCGCGGACGAAGGUGGUGUUAAAGGGAUUGAAGAAGACUCGAGUCGGACGAUCAACCUGGCACGUGGAAUACGCAGAGAAGAACCUGUCUAGUCUAAAGCGACUGGAGGAAAUUGGAGAAGAACGUUGGUCGCGGCGAGGAUCACUAACGAUAGGUCAGGAGCAGUUCGAGCUUGACAAAAUCAAGGGGGACUAA